AUGAGACUGGUGGAUGACAGAGAGGAGCAGGAGGAGCUUAGCCAGCAGCAGCAGCAGCAGCAGCAGCAGCAGCAGCAGCAGCAGCAGCAGCAGCAGCAGCAGCAGCAGCAGCAGCAGCAGCAGCAGCAGGCACAGCAGGAGGAGUACUUAGGAGGUGCAGCUGUUGAGUUCCCGCGGGCAGAUGCUCAUAUGCCGCCCAGCACGGGACCCAUGCCUCUGAUGCCACGCACAGGGCAUGGCCCUCGCCGGGCAUCAGGCACGCUUGUGUCUCUUGAGACGUCUCAAAAGACCCCAGGCUCGCUGGUGUCUCGCCUGCUGGUGAUCUGCUAUGACCAUCGCAGCCUCGCCUUCUGCUGCUCGCUCCGCCUGCACUGCUUCCUUGACACUCAGGAGGAUGCACCAGAGGGCGAGAGGGACGAUUUCAGUGGCGGGCAGAAGAAAUACAUGACCCCGGCCUUUGUGCACCUGGUCUGGAGGCGUCUGCAUAUCAUCAGGCGAAUCAUAUCUUUAGGAUUUGAUGUGAUCUUCACAGACAAUGAUGUCAUGUGGCUGCAGAACCCCCUUCCCCACCUGCUCCCCAUAUCAUCCGACAUCUUGGUAGCCUGCGAUCACUGGUCGGCAGACGUCAAGGCGGCGAGAGCCAAUACGGGGCUCUACAUGGCUCGGAGCAACGACCGUGUUCUGCAAUUCUUCGACUACUGGAUCGCUUCCCAUACCCGCUUCCCUGGUAUUAAGGAGCAGGAUGCAUUCAUGAAAGUGCGACCCGAGGCAGACCCAUACACCCGCGACACUCUCCAUCUCUCCAUCCACUACCUGCCGACAAACCGCUUUGGCGGAUUCUGCGAGAUCGGGCGGCAGCUGGGGCGGCUGGUCACUGUUCAUUCCAACUGCUGUAUUGGACUCGAGGAAAAGAUGCAAGUGCUGCAGCAGGUGAGUAUGAUAUGA